AUGUUCAAAUUAUUUUAAUUAAAAACCUCAAAUUUUAAUUUUAGGUAUCAGUUAUCGAUAGACAUUUAUUUGUAGUGCAGCUGUUACAAAUUUCAGUGUUUCAAAAUAAAAAUUAGAAAUUGAUUCUGAUGAUAAAUUACCAAAUUUUUCAUAUGACUAAAUCUUCAUUCUAAUAACUGGUUAGAGUUUGAAAGAAUAAAAAAAUGAAGAAAGUUCUGCUUAUGAAAAAUUAAUUAAAUCCUAAAUUAAAAUUCUCGUUACACAUUCAAAAAAUCAUAAUAAUAUUGUUUACAAUUCUAUUAUCUGUCACCUUAUUAGCAGCUCAUUUCACAUAAACUAAAUAUUUCUACUGAGAGGAUAAAUGAAAACCUUUUUAUAAUUUUUAUGUAAUUCAUCUGGGAAUUCAAAUUAUUUUGAUCCCCUCUCAUUUCAAUAGUCAAUAGGAUUUCUAAAUUCAAGGCUGAACAUGAUCGUUCAAUAGAGUAAAAUUAAAUUAUAUAAAUUUCUUAGAGUUGAUAUUUCUCGGAAAAAAGUUUAAAUUAUCAAUAGUAAUGCAUUAGCCAAUAUUGCUACAGGCAAAUUUCUUCUUACUGAUCUAAAUCUAUUAACUAGAAGAGCAUUUGUAGUUAAUAAUAUAUUAUUAAAUAAAUAAUCUGAAGAAAUUAAUCUUAAUGAUAUAGUAACUGUCACUCGUUUAGAAGGUAUAGAUUCUAAUUAUUGAAAUUUUAUAUUUAAGAUAACUUUGGAAUUUAUUUCUAUUUGUAUUUUUAUAUUAAAUAAUACAAUUAUGCAAAUAAUUAGAAGAUUUAAAAAAAUUAAUUAUAUUUUUAAGGUGA